UCUCUGUUUUUUUGAGUGCAACGUGUUUCGCCUCUGCUUGGACUUACUAUUUACAUUUUUCUUUUUUUCCGGUCCGUACCACCUUCUAUAUAAAGGCUGAGCCUGCGGCCGGCCAAGGAUUUAAACAGUAAUUCCAUGAGAAACUAAACCAGAAACUUCAGAAUCAUGAAGUUAGCAUGGAUGUUUUGCCUCCUUCUAGCGGGAAAGCUAUCAGCAGCUUCCCCAGGAGAGGAGAGAGCUGCAGCAGAAGCAAAUCUGGGCUCCGGAUACAUGAUGGCCUUCCCCAUGAACGAUGACCAAGUCGCAGAAGAGAGUGCCCAAGAAGCUGUCAAAAUGCUGGCAGAAUCCUUAGUUUCUGAUGACGACGACGAUGAUGAUGAUGAGUCCGCUGCGGACCAGGAGGAGAAAAAGAUUGAAGAGAGCCUCAACGUUGAAGAAAAGAAAGAAGAUCAAACAGAGCAACCAGAACCAAUGAAUAUUUUACAAGAUGAGCUGACGGCUGAAGAAGAGGCGGAAAAACCUGCUUUGCCACAAAGACCUUUCUUCAAGAGACCAAAGAUUGAAGAGCUGAGGAAAAUUUUAGGAUUUCCUCCCCCGGAAGGCCCUGCAAAGUCUAAGCCGAUUCCUCAAGAAAAGCCAAAAAUGUUUCAAGGAAUCUUUAACAAACCAAACCCUAAGCCUAAGAUUGAACAGUCACCUUUAGGUGGACUGCAGUUUAAUUUAAGACGGGAAGAUAGAAUGCGGCCUUUUGGGUUCCCAAUCUUGCCAAUGAAACGAGACGACAGUUUUAGACCCUUUGGCAUUCCUGAUCUAGUCCAAGCUGCUUCAAGUAUUCUGCGUAGAGCUAUCGUUGAUGAUAACAACGAAAAUGACAUAAGUAAAGACGACAAAGAAGAAGAAGAUUCUAUUAAUGAAAACGAACAACCAGAAGAAAAUGAAGAGGAGGAAGAUGAUGAAGAUUCUCUCAUGAUUGUCCCAAUUCCUGAUCCUAAAGAGGUCACCAUUGAAAGACCACCACUGUUUAAACGACUACCUAUCCCCUUCCCCUUCCCAGUGCCUAAACCCAUGCCACAGAACAGACCAAGGCUACCUUUCCCUCCUCUUACACCAGUAGCCUUUUUCUUACCCAUUGCUCAGCAGAUUAUGCAAAACAUCCGUCACUCUCAACCGAGAUCUCAACCACCAAUGAUGCCUAUGCAACAAAUGCACCCUGUACAACCCCAAAUCCAAAACUUCCUACCAAUACAGACCCAAAUUCCAAUCAUUCCUAUCCAUCACCCAAUGCAACAACAACAACAUAUGCUUCCUGUACACCAACCAAUGAUGCCCAUGCCCCAACCUGUUCAACAAAUAGUUCCCUUCUUCCCUGUUCCUCAAGCUGCUUUCCAUGUACCAGUACUAACACCUCUUCCUUCUAAUAUGCAACGUUCCAUCAUGCGCCAAAUGCCCCGCAGAAUGCCUGUACAUGCCCAACCACCACAACAGCUACCACGCAGAGCACCCUUCCCCAACCCCAUGAGCCGCAUGGCAGCACCUCAACCUCACUACGCAGUGCAACCUCAACUCAUGAAUCCCAUGAUGCGCCGGCCAAUGCAACAGGCUGCCAACACUCGCCCUAUGCCUCGAGUUGUGAGACCACCCAUGCCGCCAGUUCAUCCAAUCUUUUUCAUGAUGCCAGUUCCUAACAUGCACGUGCCAUUUGCUCAACAGCAACAACAAGUGCCGAUCUAUCACAGGCCUCAGCAACUACCUUUCAUUCCUCAACCAGUUCCUGUGAUGCCCCAACAGCGACAGAUGAUGCAGCAAAUGUCAAUGCCAGAGGAAGAACGAGUGAUAUUCGUGCGACCAGAUCAGGAUGAGCAAGAUGAUGAUCAAGAAGUUCUGAUCUUGGUGCCCAGUGAUGAAGUGGAGGUUACUCAGCGACCUCCCGUUCUCCCUCCUCAUCUGAUGAGACAAGUUCCCACUCCAGUAGUGAAUCCUCUCCAGAGGAUUAAAUUCCUGCGUGAUCUUCUGUUGGCCAGACAGGCAAAUCGCCAAGUAAUGUCUCCUCAAAACAGAGCAUCAAGAGUGGUCGAGAUUGUUCAGCAGCAACUCAGAAUCUUCCCAGCUCAUCAUCAACAGGCUUACCCCGCUCAGCCUCAAAGAGCAGAUUCUAGUGAACUACAUCCCGUAUACGUCCCAUUUCCGGGACCACAGUAAACUGUAGGAGCGUGAAAACUCCUCAUCGGUCUCCGAUGAAACGCAUCGCUGCAUCGAGUACAUAAAAGUGUUCCAUCGAAAGUGAUAUCAUCUGAAUAUUGGCCUAGCUUACAUUAAUUUGGCAGCAGGGAUGUCAGAUUAAUAGAUGUGACUUUUCAUUUUUUGAAAGUGAACUAUUAUUUCAAUUUUUAUUCUUUGCUUUAUUACUCAGCGAAGAAAACUUGUGUAACAUUAUGUGAUAGUGUAAGAAAGCGAAAAGUAAACUGCAGGAACAAAAACAUAAUGCAUGGGAAAAAAUAAACAAAAUUAUAUUACUUAACACUUCAGAAAAAAAAAGGUAAAAUUAAAUUGUUGAAAAUUUGUUUAAAUUUCUUAUCUGGCAUCCCUGUUAAAAUUGACUUAACGAUUUUACUGGUAUAAACGAAGAAGCAAUAUCUUUGCAAAUUACAUUUAAGUGCAGAUAGCACAAUUGAAAAGUAUUUUCAAAAUGAAACUCUUAACAUUUUUAGGAUUAUGGUAGAAAUAAAUUUAUUUAUUUCUGUAAUCAAUAUUUUUCUGAUACUAAAUGUUAAAAAAAAAAAAGAAAGAAAAGAAAAGAUUGCACAUAAUGCCAAUAUCUUUCCCAAAUCAAAUUACACGUCAAUUAAACGCAACGUGCCAGAAACUGGUUAUCGAAUCACUUGUUGUCAACAAGUCAUGCGAUAGAAGUGCUGUACAAAUGUUUUACAAUCGUUAAGUCUUUUUUGAUAAAAAUUUAGUUUUCUUUGCUGUGCAAUGUUUGUAUACUGUCAAAAUGAAGAAAAAAAAAUCAGCCAUUUCAGUAUUGUUCAAAUUUGCAUUUUGAAUUGUAGAAAAAGAUUUCAUUUCAAUACUUACGUCAUGGAAAUCUGUCAGCGCACAUAAAUACUAUUGUGUAUAGGCCUAUACACUAACUACAUAAGUUAGUGAUCUCAACUGUACAAAGAAAUAAAGUUCG